AGAAUUUGUAAAAACUAUAUAUUUUUUAUUUAUAUUUUUGUAUAUUCAUCAUAUUUAUGUACGUGUGUGUGGAUGCAAAUAUAUGUAGAAAUGUAUAUAUGCAUGUGCGAUAUCCAUGAGUUUUGAAGGGUAGCUACACAGACUCGAAUGUUUACCCCCUUAUCAAUGAGUGCUAGCUGGUGGAAGAAAGUGGCUCUCAGUCCAGUACAGUUUUCCAAUUGGAAAUUCCACACGCAAGGUAGUGCGAUGUACGACAUGUGUACAUAUGCGUGUGGAUUUGAUAUUUUAUGUCGAAAACAACUUCAACCUCAACCGCGCCACGCAAACGCAUGCAGUGCUGCGCUGUGUCAGCCAAAAAUUGGUGGCGGCAGGAAAACGGCGCACCAAUAAACACACAAGCUUCUGCCUUUGCAGUGUGUGUCCGUGGCCAAGUGAGUGCAUUUGAGUCAUUCACCCUGAAACCCAUGCGCCGUAGAGCUCGCACCAACGCUGACUCGACCGGCGCUGUAAGACCCUGUGCCGCGCUGCGCUGCAAGUGUUCUAGAUAUUGAUUUUUCGUCUGCGCGUGGUUACUUCACUUUUUCGGUGCUCAUAAAUGCGCACAUCCAUACACACACACGCAUCAAUCUACAAAUAAGCAUAAAACGCGUCUAAAUAAAAAUCAGCCAUACGUACACACACACAUACAUAGGUAUACAUACAUAUGUAUACACAUAUUUAAAUUUGUUUUCGGGCGAGUGGGCUAGAUACUUAGCCGUUUGAAUAGCUCUGUGUCAGGCAGUGCGUUGGCGCUGUGGGAGACGCUCUCCACAUGCCCCGUCGGCUGUUCGUUUCUUGCUUGUAAAAAUGUAUGUAUGUAUGUACAUAUGUAAGUUCCGUAUGUUUGUAUUGUAUGGGAGCAUGUUUGAGAUGCUUUUUGUUUACAAUUUUCAAAAAGAAUACCAGGAGCGGCGCACAUGAGCAGUCAAGUCAAAAGCAGCAAGAACAAAGAGACUAACGUUCUCGCAACUGCUAAAUAUUUCAUUUAAAUCGUUUCAAAUGUCUUAAAAUAGAAACUACUGAACAAUUCUUGACGUAAAUUAAAGAAACAGCAUAGAAAAGUAUCACAAGAAAGAAAAAAAUCUAAUAUAAUAGCUCAGUAUUCGGCGCAGACCGCAUUAAUUGGCUGGAAGAGUUUCUGGCAUAGCUUUUGCGCAAUGUGCAUAUUGUAGGUACUGGCCCUGUGUCUGCUUCAAUAUAUGUACUUAUGUAUAUUGCUACAUAAGUGUAGAUCUACGUGUGCCGUGCAAGUUGCAUAAGCCGAUUUUGAUUACUCUCUGACAUGCAUGUAUGUAUGUAUCUGGAUUUGGCUCGUGUCCAGAGAAUAAUUGCUGCAUGCCUCGCUCAUAAGGCACUUGUAACCGCAGCACACAUACACACCGUCAUGUGCAUGUGUGUGUGAUUCUCACCUACCACCGAGCAACGCGUCGCGCAAGCUUAAAGCACAUGUGACACCCAGCGGGAGUGGAUGGAACGGAGCGGUCAGUCGCACGAGUGCCUUAAGGGUGCAGUGCAUGCGCCAUCGCCUUAUGUUGUGAGGGUUGCUAAAAUGGGGUGGGUGGUAGAAUAGAAGUAGUCGGUGGCGGCGCUGCUGCAUUACAAUACCGUUUCAUACCGUACGGAGUGCUCAGCAGCAGAGACAGCAGCCGUGCGAUGAGAGCGCGACCGACUGAGUUCUAUGCUGACGCAUGGCAAUAUUGAUUUUUCCACCUUUUCCAGUCAGUUUUGUGCGCUUGUAUGCGCCGUCGCUCAGUCUGUGGGGUGGUUCGUCGUUGUGUAGAAGUCUUUGAAAUUCGGUUGUCACGCCAGUGCGUUUGCGUUAAAGAUUUGUGUGAAAUGUUAAAACAAUAGUGAAAUGACUUUGUGCGCAGUUCAAAAGCACAUUUAAUAAAUUUGUGAAACGAAAUGCCACUAUUUUUAAAUUCAUAAUCCUCACAAAAUCGAGCAAUUUUGUGGCUGCCAGUGUUCGUUGCUAAAAUAAAAUAGACCGCACCAUCCAGUACGUCCUUGAAGAAAUAAAAUAAACCGCGAUCACUUACUGCGGGUAUGACAUACAAAUGUCACUCCACGUGUAGUCGCUCUGUGAAACAGUGGAAACCUAACCAAAGAUAGGGCCAGGAGCCCAGUAAAUUAAAAUAGCUGUAAAUUAAGUAUAACUGUAAGAAUUUUAAAGUAAUCCAGUAACUGGUUAAGUAAGAAAUCGACAAAAGUAAAGUAUAAAAUGAAUGUGACCACCGUUUCAACCGGUACCAGCACUGGCAGUAUCAACGCUACCCAACAGACGACCAAAACAUACAAAAUCGAAAUGCUCGAUGAUGGUCAACUUAGCAUGGCCUCAGAUGACGACGACGAUGAUUUGAUAAACAGUGAUGAUAGUAUUUACGAUGACGCCGAUCUGGCACAUAUAACGGUGCAAGAUGAUGUGGCCAACCAAUUGGCCGCGGCCGGUCCAGUGGGUGUGGCUGCUGCAGCAGCGAUUGCAUCGUCGAAGAAACGAAAACGCGCACACUCGUUCGAGACGAAUCCAUCGGUGCGUAAACGACAACAAAAUCGUUUAUUGCGGAAACUGCGCGGUAUAAUUUAUGAGUUUACUGGGCGGGUGGGCAAACAGGCCGUGGUGCUGGUGGCUACACCCGGUAAGCCAAAUACCAGUUACAAAGUUUUUGGUGCCAAACCGUUGGAGGAUGUGGUGCGAAACCUGAAGAACAUUGUAAUGGAUGAGUUGGAAAAUGCACUCGCACAGCAAGCGCCGCCGCCACCGCAAGACGAUCCCUCACUUUUUGAGCUACCACCCUUGAUUAUUGAUGGCAUACCAACACCAGUGGAGAAAAUGACACAGGCUCAGCUGCGCGCGUUCAUUCCGCUCAUGCUGAAAUACUCGACUGGUCGCGGCAAGCCUGGCUGGGGACGUGAAUCUACUCGUCCGCCUUGGUGGCCCAAAGAGCUUCCUUGGGCAAAUGUACGCAUGGACGCACGCUCCGAAGAUGACAAGCAGAAGGUGAGAAUCAGCUGGACUCAUGCUCUGCGAAAAAUCGUCAUCAACUGUUACAAAUACCAUGGAAGAGAGGAUUUAUUGCCAACUUUUGCUGACGAUGAAGACAAGAUUGAAAUGCUGGAAGGCGAGGAGGACGAUGAGAUGGAUGAGCACGAACCUACGACAACAUCAACAACUAUACAGACGGUUGCUAAUGCCUCAACAAAUACAACAAACCAAGUGAAUGUCGUAAAGAUCAACAGCGCCGGCACAGUUAUCUCUACGCACACGGCCAACGCUCAAGCACAAGGCAACGCUGUGCCUACGAUUAUCCAAAGCACCAACAACCAACACAUAACAACCACCGCAACGCUUCCAGCCUCGACUAAGAUCGAAAUUUGCACAGCACCGGUACAAACGGCUAGUCAGGCGUCACAGGUACAGCAACAGGCCAAUGCCGCUGCCGCACAGAGUAUUGCAAACGCGCAGGUUUGCAUCGAGCCGCUGACUUUGGGCGAUGUUGAUUAUACCACACAAACGGUGCUAUCGACAAUACAAAAUGCUGACGGCACAGUGUCUCUCAUUCAAGUGGAUCCGAAUAACCCUAUAAUCACUUUACCCGAUGGCACAACGGCGCAGGUGCAAGGUGUAGCCACCCUGCAUCAAGGGGAGGGUGGUGCUACUAUACAGACUGUGCAAAGUUUAGGCGAUGUCAAUGGUCAUGAAAAUAUGACUGUAGACUUGACAGAGGCGACUGUGGCCCAAGAUGGGCAGAUUUAUAUAACUGCUGAAGAUGGACAGGGUUAUCCUGUUUCGGUGAGCAACAUGAUAACAGUACCGGUCUCCGCAUCCAUGUACCAGUCCAUGAUGGCCAACAUACAGCAGAUCCACACGAACGGUGACGGCACAGUGUGCAUCACACCGAUGCAGGUAGAUUCUCGUCCCAAUAGUAGUAAUAGUAGAAGCAACAGCCACAAUACCAACAACAUUACCAACAAUAGUAGAAACCAUUUUCAAUGUUAUACCUUAACAGCAGCACCAGGCGGGCUGGGCGCCCGACUAAUUACAACAGCGCCAACUUCAGCUUUGCCUUCGACAGCGAAUCAAAGCCAAACAAAUUUAGCCAAUAAUAAUGCUACGAAUUGCCAAAUAUUUAAUCAGUGUAAUUUAAGUAAUAAUACAUCUAGUCAAAUUAGCCGCGCCGACCAUAGCCAGCACCAUCAACAGAGGCAACAACAAUUGCAAGCCAUUCCCGGCGCAGCGAAAAUAUUCAUUAACACCGCUAGCUUCGCAACCAUAAACAAUAACAACUCAUUAAACACUAAUAACAACAAUAAGUUCGGGAAUUUAGCCAGUGAUGCUGCGGUAGUGCCGCUGUCGCUGCCAAUUAUGGUGGCCACCGCCGGAGUGCCUACGGCCACCAGCAGUGCAAGUUCUAACGGUUCGACCGGCGCUGAAACGGGAGCUGAGGCAAGUGGUGCGAAUGCAACUACCACAAGAACGACGGGCAAAAGGGGUGCACAUAAAAGGCGCAAACAAACUAUUGGCAAAGCGCCACCCGUUAAACUGGAGAGGUGUGCUGCCGAAACCCUACUUCAGGGCAAUAUAAGUUUUGUAGACGAUGAUGUGGAAGGCCAAGCUAAUGGUUCGCACGUCAAUGAUAAUGUGAUCAAUGAUGAAGACGAUGGUGGUGCUGGUGAUGGUAGAGGCUCAGAGGCAAAUAUAAAUAUGUUAGGAGUAGGCACGCCAGGGAAAAUUAUAAAAACUGAAAACGUAGAAAACUAAAGGAACGCGUAAAAAUUCAUAAUUCAAAUUAUUAUUAUAUAUUUCUAUACACAUACAUAGGUGCUUAUGUAUGUGUACAUAUCUCGUUGAUUUAAAACUUAGCCAAAGUAAUCCACAAUUUACAAUCUCACAACGGUGUUUUUGUUUCUAGUCAACAUACAUACAUAAUUAACAAAUCGCAAACACUGAGUAGAAGCACAUUCAAAUAAUUUUAUGUUUGGGGAGUUGUAAACUCCCACAAUAAUACCCAAUGAUAAAUGGGGAAUGUGUAGUGAACCACCAAGUGCCUUUAAAGAUUUGAACGUAGUGAGAGUUACGCUUUGGAAAUGAAGCUUUACUUGGAAUCAUAUAAGAAAACUCUAGAAACCUUAGUUCGUUUCUAAUUCGUAAAUGUUUGUGAAACAUACUUGCCAUUGUUGUUUAAUUUUAUUUGUUAGUUAUAUUUUUAUUUGCUGCAUAGUUUAAUUCACAUUAAUUAUUUUAUUGUUUGUUUACAUUUAUGCAGUCACUUUUUUCACUUUUUAGCUGUAUUCUAUUAUUAUGCAAUGUAUACACACGCAUAUACACAAAAGCAAAAACAUGUAUAAUAUUUAAGAUUUUUUUGUACAUUUAUUGUAUGAUUUGUAAUUGAUAACCAAAGUUGAUGUAACGAACCCACAUUGAAAUAAGUAAUUAGAAAUGUUCCUAGCUUAAAUAUGUACUAAUAUUAAUUUUAAAUCACGAAUUGAUCGUCAAUGAGCCCACUUGCUAAUGCGAAACAAAACCAAAUAUAAAAUCUUUAGUUGAUUGUUGUAUUUUACAUACUUAUGUACAUAUACAUAAAUAUAUAAAUAUAACAUAUUUUAAAUGUUUUACAGCAUCUCAUAUGUUAGGAAAUAUUAGGCCGAUUAGAUUGGCAACAAUUUCAAAUAGUCAAUGAUGAUAUCGGAGUACAGAUUGUUUUUAAAAUUGUUAUAAAUUAUAAAUUUCGAAAUGACGUGAAUAAGUCGGAUGUCUUGCGGCAGGGUUGCAAAUAAUGCCUUAAAAAUAAUUAAAUUACCAUUUGAGUUCAUAUUUUUUUUAUAAUCCCGAAGCUCAUAAAUAAUCCCAAAAACCUGUUUAAGAAUCAAAUACCGGAUUGAAAAUAAAAAAAUAAGCUCAAGCAUUAAAUUAAAAAUAAAUUGUUUUAGAAUUGACAUUUUUCCGCGCUUGUGUGCUUUAAGUUCUACUAUUUUGAUUAUCUUUUGAAAUGGAAAGCUUUUUUUAGUAAAAUACCAACAUAGUUUACCUCUUUUUUUCUUAUUUAUGUUUAAUUUCUUUUAAUUCAAGCGUUUCAGUUAGAAAUAUUAAUUUUGUUUAUUUCUUUUAAUUAAAGCUUUUCAGCUAGAAAUAUGCAAAUCUUUCCAGUUUUAUCCCUUUUCACUGCAGCUUUUAAUUUAAAAAACAAAAAAUAGUUGUAACUCCAAUUUUUUAAAUGAAAAAUAUUUUUUCCAUUUUUAAUUCAAUAUGGUUGGGAAUUAAAAAUUAAAUUUGGGGUUAAAAAAAUAAAUUUUUAAAAUUAAAAUUUUUAAUUCUAUUUUUAUUUACCUAAUCCAAAUUUUUGAAUAAAAAAAUUUGCAACCCUGCUUGUCGCCUAAUUGCCAUGUAAACGGCCUAGAAUAAGUGCAAUUCUAUAUAUUAAUAUUUAUUUUGUUGCCAUCAUGUGCGACUCUCAAUCCAUGUACGAUUCGAGCACACAUAAUGACACAUUUAUUUAGAAUAGCAAAUUUGUUCGACUUUUUAUUUAAUUUACUUAUGUGUAUUACAUGCGAUUAUUGUUUUGUUUUGAGUAAACUUUUGGAUAUACUUGCAAUGUAGCUAUAAAUACUUUCGGUUGAAUAUUUACACAUACACAUAUCUACAUAUUUAUAUUUAGUUCGACUUGUUUGUAAUUAUUGUAACCAUAUUAUUAUUAUUUUUUUUGAUUUUUGUAAAUAUAUAGUUAAUACCAAUAUAUUUGAUUUGAAGUGUAAA